GAUGUCCUUUUGGGCUUUAGGCCUAAUUCUCAUCAACAUUUCAACCUUCCUGAGCUUCCAAAUUCCAAUCUCUCUCUCUCUCUCUCUCUCUCUCCGGCAACACAGAUCAGUAUCAGUUACCACUCCUUCAAUCCCACCCGCUAUGGACUCCUCAGAGCUCAGAUACUACGAGGAUGAUGAUACUCCAAUGAUGAAAACAAUAAAAGGUGCAACCACAGGUCUAGCUGCUGGUGCUCUUUGGGGUACUAUUGUUGCUACUUGGUAUGAUGUGCCUCGUGUUGAGAGAAGUGUUGCACUUCCUGGCUUGGUUCGAGCACUGAAGAUGAUGGGUAAUUAUGGGAUGACAUUUGCUGCCAUUGGUGGAGUGUAUAUUGGUGUAGAGCAGCUGAUGCAGAAUUAUCGUAUGAAAAGGGACUUUAUUAAUGGUGCUGUUGGUGGAUUUGCAGCCGGUGCUUCUGUGCUUGGUUAUAAAGGUAAGAGCAUUUCAACUGCUAUCUCUGCUGGAGCGGCACUUGCAGUUACCUCAGCUAUAAUCGACGCUGGAGGUCAGACCGUGAGGGUCGACAAUGGAAAGGAGUACUAUCCAUACACAACCAAGAAAAAAUCCCAUGCUGAGUAAGUGUUCUCCCUUUGGACAAAAAUGGGAGCUUGCGGCGUUAUUUUAUAGACUUGCUGUGUGUUCUUUUUGGAAGCUGGAAAGUGUACUGUGAACCGUGUUUUCAGUUUGAUAUUCCUAGUCAAAAUAAAUACUGCGCAGUCAUUUUUCAAAACUUGUUCUCCAUAGGAGUAACUCGGAAAACCUCACAGGUGUUAUUGUUGAGGCAUUUUCUGAAAGAUUCAAGAAGAUAAUUCAACAAAGUUGUUCCUUUCAGAUAUGAUGCUCCAGUCCUUAAUGCGUUUUAAAAUCAAAUC